GCCCGCCCAGCCAGGAUGACACUCUGCGGGACCUUCCUGGAAAAUGAGUUUCGGGGCGAGCUGCUGAGCCAGAGGUGGACACACGGAGGCAAGGCCAACAGCUGCAGGACCUCGAGACUCCUCCUGGGCAGACACGGCAAGAUGAGCUUAGAAAGCGAGGAUAAGCGAGCUCGGACGCGAUCCAAGGCCCGAGCUCCCCCAGAGCCUGCAGGUGCCGACCUCAGCUGCCCUACCCCAGGAUGCACGGGCUUGGGACACAUCCGGGGCAAGUACUCCAGGCACCGCAGUUUGCAGAGCUGCCCUCUGGCCAAGAAGAGGAAGCUGGAGGGUGCCGAGGCCGAGCACCUGGUGUCCAAGCGGAAGUCACACCCGCUGAAGCUGGCUCUGGAUGAGGGCUAUGGCGUGGACAGCGACGGCAGCGAGGACGCCGAGGUGAAGGGGGCCUCUGUGUCGGAUGAAUCGGAAGGAACUCUGGAGGAGGACGAGGCAUCAGAACAGGAGGACAUUCACCGCCCUGAGCCAGCUGAAGGAGGGAGUCCUGUCAAGUCUCAUUUCGGAUCCAACCCCGUCAGCAGCUCUACCAGCUCCUCCAAGGGCAGCUACAGCAGCUAUCAGGAAAUCAUUGCUACUUCUCUCCUAAACUUGGGCCAAAUAGCUGAAGAGACCCUGGUCAGGGAGGACUUGGGCCAGGUGGCCAAGCCAGGCCCCAGCAUCAUGCACCUGGUUCAGGAGGAGGCUGAGGAAGGAGCUACCAGCGAUGAGGGGGAAAAAGACGUCUUUAUUCAGCCAGAGGACGUGGAGGAAAUCAUUGAAGUCACCAGCGAACGCUCCCAGGAGAUGUGCCCCCAGUCCCUGGAGGGUGUGGCCUGUGAGGAGUCCUGCCAGCAGAAGGUCGCCCUGGGUCAUGAGGAGGAAGAGGAGGAGGAGGAGGAAGAGGAGGAGGAGGAGGAGGACGAGGACGAGGAGGAGGACGAGGAGGAGGGGGAGGAGACUGCUCCUGAGGAGAUCUGCCAGGAGGGUGUGCCCCAAGCCCCCACCCAGAAGGCCCCCAAGCCCGAGUACUCGGUCAUAGUGGAGGUGCGCUCAGACGAUGGCAAGGAUGAGGACUCGCGUUCCCAGAAGUCUGCGGUCACAGACGAGUCGGAGAUGUACGACAUGAUGACCCGUGGGAACCUGGGCCUCCUUGAGCAGGCCAUUGCCCUGAAGGCCGAGCAAGUGCGAGCCGUCUGCGAACCAGGCUGCCUGUCUGCCGAGCAGGGCCAGCUGGGCCCCGCUGAGCCAGGGAAGGCGGCAAGGCCUUUGGAUGCCACAAGGAAGAACUAUUGCAGCAAAGAUCCCUCAAGAACUGAGAAGCGUGAGAUCAAGUGUCCCACACCGGGCUGUGAUGGCACUGGCCAUGUCACUGGGUUGUACCCUCACCACCGCAGCCUGUCCGGCUGCCCCCACAAGGACAGGAUCCCCCCGGAGAUCUUGGCCAUGCACGAGAACGUGUUGAAGUGCCCCACUCCCGGCUGUACGGGCCAGGGCCACGUGAACAGCAACCGCAACACGCACAGAAGUUUGUCCGGGUGUCCUAUUGCUGCUGCUGAAAAAUUAGCCAAAGCUCAUGAAAAGCAACAGCCACAGCCGGGAGAUCCUUCCAAGAAUGGCUCCCAUUCAGAUCGGAUCCUCAGGCCCAUGUGCUUUGUGAAGCAGCUCGAGGUCCCUCCAUAUGGAAGCUACCGGCCUAGUGUGGCCCCUACCACACCCAGAGCCAACCUGGCCAAGGAGCUGGAGAAGUUCUCCAAGGUCACCUUCGAUUACGCAAGUUUUGAUGCUCAGGUUUUUGGCAAACGCAUGCUUGCCCCAAAGAUUCAGACCAGCGAAACCUCACCUAAAGCCUUUAAAUGCUUUGACUACGCCCACGACGCUGAGGCUGCGCACAUGGCCGCCACUGCCAUCCUGAACCUCUCCACCCGCUGCUGGGAAAUGCCUGAGAACCUCAGCACGAAGCCACAGGACCUGCCCAGCAAGGCGGUAGACAUUGAGGUGGACGAAAAUGGAACCCUGGACUUGAGCAUGCACAAACACCGCAAGCGAGAGAGCGCCUUCCCCAGCAGCAGCAGCAGCAGCAGCAGCCCGGGCAUGAAGUCUCCCGAUGCCUCCCAGCGCCAGAGCAGCGCCAGCGCCCCCAGCAGCUCCAUGACCUCGCCCCAGUCCAGCCAGGCCUCCCGCCAGGACGAGUGGGACCGGCCGCUGGACUACACCAAGCCCAGCCGCCAGCGAGAGGAGGAGCCUGAGGAGUCAGAGCCAGCAGCCCAUUCUUUUGCUUCUUCUGAAGCAGAUGACCAGGAAGUGUCGGAAGAGAAUUUUGAGGAGCGGAAGUACCCCGGGGAUGUUACGCUGACCAACUUUAAGCUGAAGUUUCUCUCCAAGGACAUAAAGAAGGAGCUGCUCACCUGUCCCACCCCCGGCUGUGACGGCAGUGGCCACAUCACCGGGAACUAUGCCUCCCACCGCAGCCUCUCUGGUUGCCCUCUUGCUGACAAGAGCCUCAGAAACCUCAUGGCUGCCCAUUCUGCUGACCUCAAGUGCCCCACACCUGGCUGUGACGGCUCUGGCCACAUAACGGGGAACUACGCAUCGCACCGGAGCUUGUCAGGCUGCCCUCGUGCCAAGAAAAGUGGAGCCAAGGUGACGCCCACGAAGGACGACAAGGAAGACCCUGAGCUGAUGAAGUGCCCAGUUCCUGGCUGCGUGGGGCUCGGUCACAUCAGUGGAAAAUACGCCUCUCACAGAAGUGCGUCUGGCUGCCCGCUGGCCGCCCGGAGACAGAAAGAGGGUUCCCUCAACGGCUCGUCAUUUUCCUGGAAGUCGCUGAAGAACGAGGGGCCCACCUGCCCCACUCCGGGCUGUGAUGGCUCUGGCCACGCCAACGGGAGCUUCCUCACCCAUCGGAGCUUGUCUGGCUGUCCCAGAGCGACCUUUGCUGGAAAGAAGGGAAAGCUCUCAGGGGACGAGGUUCUCAGCACAAAGUUCAAGACGAGUGAUGUGCUGGAGAAUGAUGAGGAGAUCAAGCAGCUGAACCAGGAGAUUCGCGACCUGAACGAGUCCAACUCGGAGAUGGAGGCCGCCAUGGUGCAGCUGCAGUCUCAGAUCUCUUCCAUGGAGAAGAGCCUGAAGAACAUCGAGGAAGAGAACAAGCUCAUUGAGGAGCAGAACGAAGCCCUGUUUCUGGAGCUGUCAGGCCUGAGCCAGGCCCUCAUCCAAAGUCUCGCCAAUAUCCGCCUUCCGCACAUGGAGCCAAUAUGUGAACAGAAUUUUGAUGCCUACGUGAGCACCCUCACCGACAUGUACUCCAACCAGGAGAGCUACCAGAACCCCGAGAACAAGGACCUCCUGGAGAGCAUCAAGCAGGCCGUGAGGGACAUCCAGGUCUAGGCCUCCUUGUUUGAGAAGCUGCCCUGCUGAUCCCAGGUGCCUGGGCACCCCAGCUUGGCUCCGUUGUUUACCUCCCUCUCCUGCCCUCCCAGUGGAGAGUCCCAGCCUCCAGUGGCUUCUGGCGGGCAGCUGGGGCAGCAUCAGGUGGUUUAUCCAAUAGGGUGCCUGGAAAUCAGUGUCUCCCGUGAUGCGAUGCGCUUGCCAGGCCAGAGGCCUCGACCACCCCUCUCGAGUGCAGGGCGGGGCAUGAAGUAUUACAAAGUGAUUUAUUUUUGUUUUCUGAAAGAAAUCUGAGGAGCAGCUCGAAGUCUCCAGUGGAAGCUCAUGGACAAGGUUCUCAGGGAAGUUUUGGAGUUUGCAACCACAGUAUUCGUCUGUCAGGCGGGGAGGGCAGCCGCGGGCACAGGUGGGUGGUGCGUG